CGCUUUAAGAGCCAGUUGAAAGGUUUCUCCUUUUUGCCUGGCAGGUCACACACAUCCUCCCUGUCUUUCUGACUACAGCCCAACCCACACCAACAUCACAAUCCACAGCGUGUAUAGGGAACCAAGUGAAGGACAAUGUUCAGUUCCUGUGUGGAAGUUAUUCUAAUCCUUUCAGGUCUUGUUUUCACUGUCUGUAACUCUCUGGAAAACACAAGCUCCGUACCGACUGGUCCACCAGUAGCAGCUGCUGUGCGAGCACAUUUUGAGGAUUGUCCUGUCAGUCACCAAAACUUCUGUUUGAAUGGAAAGUGUCGGUUUUUGGUGCAAGAGUCUUCUGCAGCAUGCAUCUGUCGCUCUGGCUACAUCGGCAUCCGAUGUGAACAUGCUGAUCUGCUCGCUGUGGUGGCCAUCAAACAGAAACAGCAAGCCAUUGCUACCUUAGUGGUGGUGUCGGUCAUUGUAUCAGUCCUCCUGAUCGCAGCUUGUGUCUUACUACAUUGUUGUCGGAAGCAAAGGAAGUGUGAACUAUGCCGAAGGAUAUUUACUAAACCGGAAGCCAGCCUGCUAAAGAGUGGAUCCACCGGCAAUCAGGGAGACACAGGGGUGUGAAGAACGCUGCGAUCUGCCAAGUGCUGGCCACUUCUGACCUCUAUCCAUGCAUCUAUCUCUGCACUGCCACAGCACUGGAACAGGCACCUGACCUCGACAUUCCUGCCUUACCUGAGGGGACCUCACCUCCAGGUAGAGGGGCAACAUCUACUGAGGAGCACAAAGGAAAACAUUUUGUAUUAUGUGGGACUUUUCUUUCUUUUUUUUUGCUGUUUCUUUUUGUCGAUUAAUUUAUAGAAAUAUUAAUAUUCAUGCAGUGAAGCAAACUACUUCCUCUUGAAGAGUUACAGAAUGUAAGUUAAAAAGCGUUGAAAAAUACCUGUGGGAUUGUUUAAUUAUUUAACGAGCAGAAAAGAACUCAAAAUAUAUGUUAAACUAUUUAAACUUCUGACAUAUGAAAUAAAAGGUUUUUUUUUAA